AUGGAUGAAUAUGAAGUGAACCCAGAUGCUCUACAGAAUCAACCUCCUGAGAUCAUGGCUUCUGCCAGUAGUUUUGUUAAUCGUCCUACUCCGAAUUCUCCUGUGUUACAACUUGUACAACGUGAAAUUAAUAGGAGCAGAACAAUGGGAGGCAAAUGUGAGACCAAGUCAAGAGGACGAUACUGGUACCUACGGAGCCUUGGAGAUCACAAUUUACCACCUGCUCGUUGCGUGUUAUCACUGAACAUGGUCCUCCUGUGCACACAUAACGGCCAUGGAAGGUCAUGUGUCGCUCUUUGA